UUGAGUCUUCAUCAAUUUCAUCCACAACACCAUUAAAGAACAUGACUCCUCGAGAGAUGGUCACCCACCUUGCCUCCUCUAAUGUCGUCGUUGUGUUUAGCUCCACCGACUGCUGUUUUUCCACCGUCGCCAAGAACCUCCUCUUCAGCCUUGCUGUAGGCCCCACUGUCAUUGAGCUUGAUCGGCACGCUUCCGGCUCCGCCAUUCUUGCUGCCCUCUACCAGCUUUCUGGUGACACCCGCCAGCCACUCCCUGCUGUCUUUGUCUGCGGAAAGUUUCUUGGUGGUGUGGAGAUCUUGUUGGCCAAACACAUCAAUGGUGCACUCAUUCAUCUUCUUAAGGAAGCUAGAGCUCUUUGGCUUUGAUUAAUUUAAUUUUAUUUAUGUGAUAAGCUAUGCUACAUUAUUAUUUAGGAUUUCAGGCAAUUAGCAUAUAUGAUAUAUAUUUAUAUAUGUAGUUGUGAUU